AUGAUACGGUACCUAGGUAUAUGUUAUCUGAUAAUGGUCGUCUGUACGGUAGCUGUACUGAAGCGAAGUAAGCCUUGUGUGAAUGGUGAACUUGAAAACGAUCUGUGCUUCUGCAAGGAUGGCUGGACUGGAGCAUCCUGCCAUCGACGGAUGAACUGUGACGGAUUCGAAAGGGAGCCAAAUGGAUCAUGUGUUGAAUGCCAAGAAGGAUGGACUGGAGUGGAUUGUGAUGCAAUCCACUGCAAUGGCCAUGGCACUCCAAACUAUGACUUAACAAGCUGCCAUUGCGAAAAACCCUACUCAGGUCAAUUUUGUGAGACGUUCCAAACGAAAGACAUUUACUCCUAUUACAACAAAAUUGUCUCACAGACGGGUGCUAUCGGUGUACUCAGCUGUAUACCUCUGUUUCUAAUCUAUCUCGGUAAGAGCAUUCCUUUCAAAAGUAGGACAUAUUCAUAG